AUGAAGAGGAUGACAGUUCUUUUGUGGAGAAAACGAGUGAAAUACUUAAUGUUUCUUGUGCUUUUUUUUUCAACUUUUAUAUACAUUUUUAAUGUUUCAUUUAUAGUUCUGGGAUGUUCUGGUUCAAAUGAAAAUAAAAAUUUGCGUGGCAUUCAUGGGAAUAUGGAUGAAGAGCAAUCUUGUCCAGAACAGAACAAUUUUGUGUUUAUUAAGUGCAUGAAAUGUGCGACUGAAACCAUGGGAACGAUAGUUAGAAGGUUUGGUCUCGUGCGGAAUUUAAAUUUUGUUGUUCCAGUAAAGAACAAUAUUUAUCUAGGAUGGCCUUUUCUAAUUGAGGAUCUUGAUUAUAGACCCUCUAAAAGGCCUUUUAACAUUUUAAUGGAGCAUGCAAUUUAUAAUCAUACUAGAAUGGCAAAAAUGAUGGCGAAUAACACUCGGUACAUUACCAUCAUACGAGAUCCGUGGCACCGAUUGACUUCCUCAUUUUCAUAUUUUAGUCUCGGUUACGUUGUAGAACCCCCAGUCAAUUUCAGUGAAUAUGUUCAGAACAUCCGGAAAUAUGAUGAUAUUUAUAAAGGACCGGAUAAGCGAGCCUGGAGAUUCUGCUUUCCUAAUGGAUUUUCCGUCGUCCAAAAUUUAAUGGCGCAUUGUUUAGGUAUGCCCCUGGGAUUUCCAGCUGGUCGGAGGGAUAUUUCCUUGAAUGACACUGCAAUUAUGCAAUAUAUCCAUGAAUUAGACAGUCAAUUCUUUCUUGUCAUGAAUGUUGACUAUUUCAUGGAAUCAUUAAUUUUGCUAAAACGCAUGAUGUGUUGGACAUUUAAGGAUAUUUUACACCAUAACAGCAAUGUGGGAAAACACAAACUUCAUGAAAUUGUACCAACUGAACAUGAAUUUCAAAUUUAUUACAAUUUUAGUAGAAUAGAUUUUAUUCUCUAUGAACAUUUCAACAAAUCUUUUUGGAUGAAAAUUCAGAGACAUGGACCGGAUUUCUUUGAUGAAGUUAACCAUUUUAAAGUUGUGCAACUUUUAAUGGAGAGAUUUUGUUUUGUUGAGAACAAUGCUAACUCUAAAGGACAGUCUAUAAUUAUCCCAAAAUCCAAAUAUAACGAGGAAUUUACCAUUACGAGUGAAGACUGUGGUUAUAUGACGAGAUACCUCUUACAGGAUAUACGGGAUCAGUAUAAUAAAGAGGAACUAGGGGGAGACAAAUCUAUGCUCUGGUAUGCCAAGGAACCAGACAAAGGGGAAAUACCAAAGAGAGGCUGCUCAUUUCCUCUGCCGUAGUUUCCAUGAAGAAAACACUAUUGUUAUGUUAUUUGUCAUGGGUCACAACUUUUUUUUCAUUGCUUUCUGUUGAAUAUUUUAUAGAAUAAAUGUUGGGAAUUUGA